UUCUCUGAAAUCCCAGAGAGAGAACUGUUGAAGAAUGCCGGAGAAGAGCAUCGAUUCGAAGGAAGCAGAUCUCGGUAUCUCUGAAGAAGCGUCAUGGCGCGCCAAGUACGAAGAUUCUGCUCAUGUCUUCGUCGGCGACGUUCCUUACGGCCUCACCGAAGAUGAUCUCCUCAGAGUCUUCGCCCAAUACGGUGAAAUUGUUGAUAUCAACCUUGUUCGAGACAAGGGAACUGGCAAGUCCAAGGGUUUUGCAUUUCUUGCGUAUGAAGAUCCAAGAAGUGCUCUUCUCGCUGUAGAUAACUUGGAUGGAAUCCAGCUUUCUGGCCAGAUUAUUAGGGUCGAUCAUUGCAGUGAAUAUAUGAAGAGAGUGGGGGAAGCACACCAGACAUUAUACCUUGCAGUAUUAGACGUUGAAGAGGCCAGAGAUGCAGAGGAGAAGGUUCGCAGAGAGUUUGCAGCUCACAUGGAAAAGAUCAAAGCAAGAAAAACCCAAGCAGAUGAGAAAUUAGAGGCUAGCCUAAAAGCCCUAGGGGAGAUAAAGACUGCCAUAGAUUUGGCUCAGGAGUCGACGGAAUCUGCAGAAGCAGCAAAGACUGUGGUGGAACUCGAGCUGGUUAAAUUUGGCCGGAAAUAUGAUGACCGCACACAUUGAUGGCACGCCCGUUGCUUGUUUUUCCUUCACAAAACUUGAAACAUCUUUCAUUGUCAUGAUCUUUUAGGCUUUCACAUACUCUAUACUACACUGUUAGAGAUACACGCUUGUGCAAAGCCUUCUUUUGUUUGAACUCUCUCUCUUGCGCUGUCAUGCCAAUGUUGGUGGACAAGAUUCGGCAAUGAAUAACGCCA